AGCCCAUCCAGUGCCAUCGGACGUCGCAUGAGCACAACGUCACGGAAUACUGCUUCUGCAUGGACACGGAGACGGGGAACAGCCUGGACGGCACGGGCGUCACCAACGGCACGCCCAACUGCUCUCGGCCCUUCCCGCACGUGCGCGUCUGGCCGGGUUGUGUAGGGAAAACCAAAGUUAAAUUCCUGAAGGACCUUCAGGAAUACUUGAUGAGUAAGGCAGAUAGUGUAGACAGAAAUGCAGGUGUCGACCUUACCACUCAGUCGAGGGAGGAGUAUGCCGCUGUCUAUCAUUUAGAAACCUUGACAAGAAUGGUAAUAAAGUUCUUGAGAGGCAGGAGAGAAAAAGCUGUUAAACGAUUCUUAACAAGUGUUCCAAAGCUGAAAAGAUGUGGCAAAAGAUUCGCCAGAUACUGCGAUGUAGACAAAAACCGAAAGAUCUCUUUAGAAGAGUGGGUAGCAUGCAUUGUGGUCCCGAAAUCCACUGAUGUCUCGUCAUCGCCAGGGCCUGGCAACCCAUUUGAGGUCAUCCUCAAGCCAGAAGAUAUAUGAGGAAUAGUAAAAAAAAAA